UUGAUUGUAUACGCUCCUUCUCGGAGCUCUCAUCAUGAAUACAGUACUAGUUCUCAUGCUUUUUGUUGUUUCGGCAUACCAAGUACAUAACACAGCCGGUUGCGAUGUUUCAAACGGGAGCUGGGUUUAUGAUGACUCAUAUCCUCUCUAUAACGCAUCCAGCUGCUCCUUCAUACUGAAAGCAUUUGAUUGUGUAGGUAAUGGCCGUCCGGACAAAGAUUAUCUCAAAUACAGAUGGCAACCAUUUGAGUGCAACUUACCGACUUUUAACGGCACUGAUAUUCUAAUGAGGUUCAAAGGGAAGAGCAUCAUGUUUGUCGGAGACUCGCUGAGUUCGAACCAAUGGCAGUCACUAGCUUGCAUGGUGUACACAUCUAUUACUCCACAGCCCAACUACACUUUGUUCAGGCAAGGCGAGCUCUCGACAUUCGCGUUCCCGGAGUACAAUGUCCAGCUCUUGUUCUCCCGGAAUCCGCUUCUUGUGGAUGUUGUUAGCACCAAGGUGGGACGAGUCCUUAAACUCGACUCCAUCUCGCUCGAAAACCAGAAGCUGUGGAAUGAAACCAGCGUAGUGAUCUUUGACACGUGGCAUUGGUGGCUUCACGUCGGAAGGAAGCAGCCAUGGGAUUUAAUUCAGGUGGGGAACCAGACCUACGAGGACAUGGAUCGGUUGGUGGCAUACGAAAAGGCUCUGAACACUUGGGCUAAGUGGGUGGACUCGAACGUGGACCUUGCAAAAACCAAGGUCUUCUUCCAAGGAGUCUCCCCUGACCACCAGAAUGCAUCAGACUGGACGCUAAACCCUAAAUCCGAAGCGAUGAACUGCACUGCAGAAUCCGAACCACUCCCGGCAGGUUCGGAAAACCCUAGUGCACAUCCGGCAGAGCAAGUAGCGGAGAAAGUACUACGUAGCAUGUUGAAGCCAGCCAGUUUGCUAAAUGUCACAACUCUUUCACAUCUAAGAAAGGAUGGGCAUCCCUCUGUGUAUGGGCUUGGUGGGAGUAGAGGCUUGGACUGCACGCAUUGGUGCUUAUCUGGUGUUCCUGAUACUUGGAAUGUGCUUCUCUAUGCAGCUCUUACUGAAAGUUAAACUGAUUAACUUUAGUUGUAUAGUCGUCAGGGAUUCAUCCAGUUAAUUAUAUAUAUUAUCUAGAUUAUGUGUCUGGCCCAAAUUCUAGUUAUUUGUCUAAGUUAUAAUAGGGUUAGUUUUACAGAUCUUCUUGGAGAUAUCUUAU